ACAAAUCGCAAAGUGAAAAACUGUGAGUAAAAUGUUUUUAAGAAGGAUGAUAUUGGUGUGUUAAGGGAAAGUCAUAUUUAAAACCAGCCGAUCUUUCAGCACUUGAAAUAUUUUUCUGUUCUGGUACCUGCUGUAAACAGUAUCUAUCCAUUCUUAAAUCUGCUAUAGUAAGUUGAAAACAAAAGAGGAAGAUCAGGAAAUUCUCAGAAGGGGGUUCAGCUCCAUUGGCAAGGAAAAAAAAUUAUGUAACCGUACUAUGCCUACCGGCGGGAUGGUGGGUUUGGUAAUGGAGCGAGUUAAAUUCUUGCCGCUGCUGACAUCUUCAUGCAUGUUACUUGCAGUUUCCCUACCUUAUCUCGUUGCUGUCACUUUGGAAAAAGUACAUAUGUUCCUGCCUUAUAUCAGUCAUGCUGCUGCUUUUCCACCCGAGUCUGCAUUUCUUAGUAUAUUUAUGGCAAUUGGGACAUUUUUUGGUAUUCCGACAUUUUUCUUACGUUUUGUUGCUGUCGAUCAGAAGCGGAACCGUCUCGAACCAAGGAAGAUUCGGAUCUUGAACAUAAUUGCGUUGGGAGUUGGCUGCCUUGCAGCUAUUGCAAUGCUGCUGUCCAGUCAUUAUCCUGUGGGUUAUGUAACGCAUGAGAGAUAUGACUGGAUGAAAUCAGUGGUGAUUCCUCAUUUCUCUUGCACAGCCUUGCUGAUCACACUAUAUACUGUAUACGUUUUGAUACAAGCCUACCUCACUUAUGUUCAAAGGAAAAAAUCAACGAAGAAUGUGUUUGUACAUGCAACUCUUGCCAUGUGUGUCGUAAUAACCAAUUGGACGUCGUGUUUACCCUUUUAUGCAGCGAUGCGAGAAAUGGCUCCUCGUAUAGUAGAUGCUGAGACUGGAGAGAUAACGCUCGAGUCGAAAGAGUAUAGCUUCUACUACAUCAUCAGCUCUCUGUCCGAGUGGGCGUUUACAUUCUUCAGUAUUCUCUUCAUCGCAACAUUUUACAGAGACUUCAAGCAUAUGAAACUGAAAGUAGAGAUCAACAGAAAACGAAUAACAUCAAUAAAUUUGGAUAGUGUUGCAACUCAUUCCACGGCGAACGGGCACGAGGAAAUCACAAAAAUGUGAUCCGGCGAAACAAGAUAGCUGUUUGGACGUUCAAGAAAAUCAGUGUUUCUUAUGUGUGAAACAGAACUCUUAAAGCAAGUUAUAAAAAUACUUAUUUGUAAUUUUAUGAAUUAUUAUGUGUGGCAGAUAAAAGUCUGGUCAUUAUAUGUCAUAUCAGAAGAAUGCGCUAAGUACUCUUCCAUUGCUCUAGAACAGUGGUCUUGAAUCUUUAGCGACUCAGGGAACCCAUAACUGUAAAACUGUAAUUUUCUUUGGAACCCUUAAUAAACUCAGAAAUGUAACUCUUAAAACUGCAUUAAAAUGUGUUAAUGUUGCCCAUAUUUAAUGUGGUAAAUCAAAAGAUAACCAUUAUUUUGUAACAUCAUAAUUUCAUCUUGUUAAACCACAAGUUUCAUAAAUGUAGUUAUUAAUUUAUUAAUCACUUGCGCAUUAUAUAAGUUUAAUGGCUGGAAUGGCACUUCCAUUUUUUUCUUAACGGGAAAUAUGAAAACCUGGCUCUACAGGUGCACUGGUGUUGUCGCUUAGCGUAUUCCACAUUUAGUGAUUUAGAGCUCUGCAUGUUCAUGUGUUUUGUUUUUGUUGUUUCAUAUGUUGAAAAUGGGCAUUUUUUGCUCAAAUAACUUGCAGUGAAGGGCAUUAGGAUGUUUAUAGCUUUGUUAGAAAUUUCGGUAUAUGCACGAUUGUGUACCCAAAAAUCAAGCAGUUUUUCUUGCUGAUAUUUAUUCUUAAUUUCGAAUCCGAUGAAAUAAGCAUUAAUUACUUUCUGGAGCGGAAAUUUGAUCUCAGUUUUUCCUGUAAAAACUGUAUAUAACGUUAUACAUUAAUCUCUUUGAUAUAUGACUUACAAAUACUCAAUUUUAAAGGCAAAAACUUUAAUUAUACUCAUCUGAAGUUUUGACUUCUUUUAACUUAAAACAAUAUGGUCAUGAUAUUUCCUCGAGACAAACAUCUCACUUCUCAAUGCAAAAUCAAGAUUUUAUGUUAUUGCAUAAAUUCAUUACAUAAUUAAGUAAAUAAUCUUGAAUUUAAAUUUCGCGAAAUUUCUUAUUUUCUUAUUAGUCGCUAAAAAUGCAUUGACUUUCAAAACAGACAGACAAACAGAAGAAUGAUUCUUUUCUUUAUUAACAUCUGAUUGAGCGGAGUUUCGUUUAAAAAACAGAUUCACAUCAUAUUAUUUUAGGCAACAAUAAAUAAUAAUAGAAACAAAAUAUUUUGAUUAGUUAUUUUAGAUAUUUAGCUUUGCGGUCUAAGUGUAUUUAAAAAUUCUUCGGAAUUUUAAUUUUGACUUGUGGAACCCCAGGGUUCCGUGAAAGAAAAUUUUAUGACCACUACUUUAGAAACAAUGGAAUAUGUUAUUAAUCUAUGUCACACCUUUCAUGCUCUAAUGUAUGUAAGAAAAGUAUCAUAAUGCCAUAGUAAAUGUAGAUCAUUUGAAGGUGUUAUGUCUUGUAUCAAAUAUGUCAUCUUUUUCAUAAAAUUUGAAUUUUUAAUACAUAUUUUUGUAUAUUUGUUCUUUGUUUAAAAAAUUAAAAAUUGGGUAUGUAUCACUAUUAGGUAUAAACUCUUAAUUUGUUUGUCUGCUCUUUUUAAACCUGAGCUCCGAAAGGAAUAUUGUAUAUCAGCAAAUUAUAUUACUUCAUUAUAAACAGUAAAUGAGAAACGUU